AUGGUUGUCAACGACAACAUGAGACACGAAGGGAAGCUUUAUGAACCAGUGCCGCAAGGUUGGCCCACCAAUUCAUCAACGUUGAAGGAUGCUUCUUUACCCAAAUGGCAGAACAUCCUUCUUGCUACCACCUUGUUUCUCAUACCAGCACCAUUUAUAGUCCUCGCGGUCUAUAUCGUUUCUCUCCACCAGCAACCAGAGUCGCAGCUCGGAAGUCGUGUUUUGGAGGCUGCCAGCAUUGCCGCAACAUUAUGGCCCAUAGCAUUCGCAGCUGUGCUUAGUACAGUGCUCAGAAGUGUCGCGUUGUACAGCUGCGAACGAGGGACAACACUUGGUACACUCGAGAUCCUACUAGGCAGCCUUACGUUGACCAACACCCUGAAGUCAUUCUUCUGGGUAAAACUGUUCAGCGUUUGGACUCCAGUCCUGAUUGUGGCCUGGACUUUGAGUCCUCUGGGAGGUCAAAGUGUGCUUCGUGCUGUGGCUCUACAAGCUGAAACAUUAUCCUUUGACUUUCCUACCAUCUCCUACCCGUCCACCAACUUCAGCGCCGGGUUUGAUGAAUUACCAGCUUUGUAUGCACUGCCUUUCGGUCUGCGAACCAUAUUUGGAGCAGCAUUCUCAUCCUCGGCCACCCGUUUAAUGCACGCCAAUGGGUCAAGUCCCAACUUUAGAGAUACCUUGGAACAGGUCGGUGGUCCUGACGAGGCUAGAAGACUGUGCAAACAGGAUGUCUGGGGGAACGUGCGACUUCCAUACUUGCAUUUGCUCGAUGGAUAUGAUUCCAAAGACCCAUACAAUUGGGUUCAUGUUCCGAAUGAUACGAUUCCGCCCUAUGAAUCCCUUGUCGGGAUACCGAUUCGUGGGGCGCCAUCUACGCGAGCCGGAAACUCUACUACGAUGGUUCAAUCAUCGUAUGUUUCGUUGUCGCGGAAUCAGCUAACGAUUGAUGUACAGUGCGAACCGUGGAUUAAUGGAACCGCUUGGCUUCAAGAUAAUAUAUCACAACUGGUUCUGGCUGAUUCUAUUGCCUCCGAAGGCGCGAUCGGCCUCAAUUAUCCCAACAACUCCUUCUUCACUGCCUACCGCGAGACUAGAGAGUCGAUUUUCGGGUCACCCAAUGCCCCACCAAACUUUCAGUUGGAUCUCAUCAAGGAUAAAUAUCUCAACGAGACACGGAAUGGACCCAAUUCUACAGUCCUGGAUACAAGUCGUGAUCGACCGUUGAAACAGAAACUGGCCUUCUUCGCCGCCAGUGUCAACGACUCUAGUGAUCGCUUUUCUUGGGGCAUGACUACAUGCAGUCCUAGUACUUCUUACGUUGAUGCUGAGGUACGGUGCUCCCGGUCUACUGACUUUGGGUUCCUCUCAUGUUCGGUUGAGAAACUACGGCACACAAAGGGAACACCCACCAGGGCAAACACUACUGUGUUAUCAUUUGCAUACAACCUUCCCGUACUAGCCUGGACCGCUCGCCUCCUUCCCGACCCUGAAGGAGCGCAGAAUGACGUACUCAACUUGUUUCUUCGAGAUCCAACCCUUGCACGACCGAUUGGAGAAUUCUACAAGUUCACCGAGUUUGUUCCACCGCCACCAUUAGACAAAGUACCGCUAUCAGUGUUCGAAGCAAGAUUGGGUACAAUUCUCAAUACAGUUGUAAGAUCGUCAUUUGAGCAAUCCAUUAUCGUUGGCGCAGAUGGGAUAUCGCCGUCUUCAAAAGUCAUGACUGACAGAUUCAUCAAUACCACGAUCACGCCCCUUACAGACUGGGGCAAUAUACGGGAACGUGGAGUGAAUUUACUGGCCAUGUUUACAAGGUGGACUGGCUCUGGAUGA